AAUGCAUUGUAGACACAGGGCGAAUAAAAACUCUCGUUCUCUGCCUGCAACAUACUUGGACAAUUAUUGAGAUAAAAAACUAACAAUAAACUGCUGCAGAAUGCCAGUCAAAAGGCGACGCCCUACUCGCGCUGCGGCGGCUCGAAUCGAGCCGUAUGACUACUGUCGUUGUCCAUCGAAGCCAACCGCUCAGGAAAAGUACUUCUAUGAGUCAAAUGGUAAUGGACAGCCGAUUUUCAAUCCAGGGCAUGACCAUAGCUGAUGUAUUUGCCCUCCCUCCAGAAUCAGGGCAUUACACCUUGUAAACUACCAAUGGCAGAAGGAAGUUCGCCCUGCAAACCAUCUAAGACCCUGGCCACCUACAAGUCCAUCACAAUUGAUGAACCUGUAGUCCUUGUUCGAAAACGCGACCGGUGCCACAGCUAAGCAGCUAAUCAAGAUGUGCGGCAAGCCAGUUAGUCACUAUUGUCUCGGUAAAUACUGCUGGCAAGGAGCGAGAUCAAUUGGCGGUUUCUUCUGCCAGGAAGAUACUUGCGAUCAUACUUUCAGUGAGUGGCUCACUGGCGCCGAAGGUUGGGAAGAGCGCUUUGAGAUUAGUGCGAUCCCUGACAUGGGCUACGGUCUCCAUUCCAAACAAGAAUGGGAGAAGGUCUUGGUUGGCCCAGAGUUCUCGAAGACGAGCGCUAGAGUUGCUUAUGUCGAUGCGGAGCAUUGCGAGAACUACACGAGGUUCUGCAACCACAGUUGCGACAACAAUGAGAACACUGCCGAGGCAAGGGCCGGGAAGGAGAGGGUACUGGUGCUCAAAGCAGAGAAAGAUACUGCUGUUGGUGAGCAGAUCACCGUCGACUAUGACAGCGACUACUUCACGAACAGGAAGUGUCUGUGUGGGUCAGCAAGGUGUAAGUACCCGGACGCAGUAAAUGCAGUAAGCGUCAGUGGUUUGCGUUGCAGUGUGAAGAAGGCAAGUCAACUAGGACAUGAUAGGGCGAUUCGCUAUGAUUCUGUGUCGGAACCGGACGAGAUGGAAAUGGUAUGA